UGCGUGUGCUCUGUUUGCAGGCAGGUGUGUAAGCGAGUUGGAGGAUGGAUAUCCGGCCAAACCAUACGAUUUACAUCAACAAUAUAAAUGACAAGAUUAAAAAAGAAGAGCUGAAGAGGUCCUUGUAUGCAUUAUUCUCACAGUUUGGUCAUGUAGUAGACAUUGUGGCUUUAAAGACCAUGAAGAUGAGAGGACAGGCUUUUGUUAUAUUCAAGGAGCUUGGAUCAUCCACCAAUGCUCUAAGACAGCUGCAAGGCUUCCCAUUUUAUGGGAAACCGAUGCGUAUUCAGUAUGCAAAAACGGACUCUGAUAUAAUCUCUAAAAUGCGUGGUACAUUUGCUGAUAAGGAAAAAAGGAAAGAAAAGAAGAAGGCCAAAUCUCUGGAGCAGGCAGCAAAUGCAGCAAAUAAAAAGAUUCUACAGGGAGCAACACAAAACUCGGCCAAUGCCCAAGGGACUUCGUCACAGAAUCAGCAGGUGCCUGAUAACCCACCAAACUAUAUCCUCUUCCUUAAUAACUUGCCUGAGGAAACAAAUGAGAUGAUGCUGUCCAUGUUAUUCAAUCAGUUUCCUGGAUUCAAAGAAGUACGUUUAGUGCCUGGGCGUCAUGACAUUGCAUUUGUGGAGUUUGAAAAUGAGGGACAGGCAGGAGCUGCUCGAGAUGCUCUACAAGGAUUCAAGAUUACUCCAUCUCAUGCCAUGAAAAUCACUUAUGCUAAGAAAUAAUUGGACACUCUUCUAAAGGACUUGUGUGGAUGGCUAUUUAACAUGAUGUGACUUCUGAUCAGCUAAAACAUUUGUUGUUUUCUGCAGAAAAGUCAAGACUGUUGUGUAAAAUUGCCGGGACAAUUGUAGGAUUUCCAUGGAUCUAGGAGAUAGUACAUAUUUGUGCUCAAAUACAAAUUUUUAUAAAAUAAAUUUAGCUUAUGCUAUAUCCAAGCUA